AUGCGACGCGUUACCCGCUCUGUAACCCGAAACCAACCCAUUCCAGGGAUCCCGACCGUCGACAUCCCUCCCGAACUCAUUUCCAUGAUCGUCGACUAUUUGGAAGACGACAGGCCCUCCCUCAAGGCUUGUUCCCUCGUGAACAACGCGUGGUCACAGCGUGCUCGAGAGCUUCUGUACAGGGAAGUGUUUCUCGGACCGCCGAAGCCCCACAUUCGGUGUAAACAACUCCGCAAGGUCUUUCAGGCCCACCCGCGGCUCGCAAAAGGAACACGAACCCUGGCUAUUGUCGAGCGGGCCAAGAGCGUCAAAACCGACUUUGCGGACGGAUGGCUAGUAUCGUCCAAGGAGAUCGCAUCUCUCCUCCCCCUAUUUACAUCCCUGGAGGAGAUACAAAUAGUGGGCGAUCCGGAGUACCUGAAUUGGGGCUUGGUUCCUGUGGAUACGAGAGAAGCCUUUUUCGACCUAUUCUCGCGGCCACAUGUCAAGACGAUCAUCCUGGACGGUAUCUUCAACAUGCAGAUCACCCCGUUGGUUUUCCUUCCUCACCUCGAAGUCCUUGAAAUACGCCAAGUGGAGGUAUACAGAGGGGAGGAAGACGCGUUCCUACCACUCAACAAACCUUCCCGGAUUGACGCCGGAAAGGUGAAGGGCCUGAGGGCUCUUGAUGUGUGCGACUCCCCAACGGCCUUGGAUGUCUUCUUCAAGUGUCUGGAAGUUGCUGGUCCCGAUCCCCGUCCCGAUGGGUCGCGAGCCGCGGUCCUGGAUCUACAGCGUUUGGAAGAACUUUGGCUCUGUACUACCAAGGACGAAGAAACAUACCCUGGGUUCGAAACGGUGGCAGUGGCCACCCUGAAAAACUGCUCCAACGUAACCUUUUAUAGCCUCACUCUCGAUCACGGAUUCUCUCCCACUGUCUUCGAGGUGAACGGUUUCCGCAACCUCACCACUUUCUGCAUCCAUUUUACGAUUGACAUGAUCCAUAUAUGGUCCUGGAAUGAUGGUGAAGGUGGAAAGAUCCUUGAAGGCCUUGAAGCCUUGUCCGUACACCCUUCGCCGCCGCCCCUCCAACGAUUCGGACUGAUGAUAGAGUCUAUGGACCCGAAGGAAACGGGCAUUGAUUUCGACACCCAUGUGCGCAAUUCAUUCGUACACCGCACCGUCUGGCUCCGCCACGCUGCCCAUGCGUUGGCAAAGUUCCCAAAGCUGCAGAGCGUCUAUGUCAUGCUGGAAGUCUCCGCAACCGGCACUGUUCUCCCGCCUGAAACGUGGCGUGACUUUGUUAGGGAAGUGGAGGGCCAGUUAUCGCCUAUCACGAGCGGAAAGAGCGUGACCUCGUUGGAUGCAACGAGGUGA